AUGGCCAACCAGAGAACUCAGAUGUUUGAAGACAAACCGGCGCUUGCAGAAUGCCUUCCCGAAUUGAAUGACCUUCGGGUAGCCGGAAAACUGACUGAUUUGACUAUAGAGCUGCAAGAAAAUGUUAAACUGCAUGCGCACAGAGUUGUUUUCGCCUCCAGAAUACCAUCGUUGCGUGAUUCCGUUUGUGAAAUAUCCACACUUCAGUGGCCAAAACUUUCUUCUGAAGUCGCUGGACCGCUAGUAGAUUACGUUUACACGGGCCAACUGAAAGUCAACGAAGCCAAUGCUGUUGGCCUGAUUGUGCUGUCGAAACAACUUCAAAUGCCCCAUAUAGAAGACUGGGUCGUGAGUUUUAUGGCGGCCAGGCUGGAUUCUCAAACUCUAGCGAAUAACUGGAAUCUUGCAGAGGUGCUGAACAGUGACCAGUUAAGGACUAUAUGUCUGCAACAAAUCAAAAAGAACUUUGAGGCCACGGUUCCAAGCGACUUUUUCAUGCAGUUGCCAGCUGAUUUUGUCCUGUCCCUGCUACGGGCAGAUGACCUUCAUGUGACUUGUGAAGAGAGCGUCUUCGAGGCGAUUCAU